UUCUCUUUUUCCUGAUGGAAGUGCAACCGAGACGCCGCCUCAAGCGCUCGCCGCCGCCGCCGUCGCCGCAUGGAGGUCGCCCGGUUUGUGAUCCAGACGGAGAUGACCACAUCAGCGCCCUCCCCCAAGACAUGCUCAUCCAGAUCCUCGUGCGCCUGCGCUGCGCCCGCGCCGCCGCGCGCACCGGCGUCCUCUCGCGCCGGUGGCGUGGCCUCUGGGCCGGCCUCCCCGAUCUCAUCUUUCGCGACCUCCCGACCGGCAAGAUUAUAGCGGCGCUAGACCGCGUCGGCCUUCCCGCAGCCGUUUCUCUUCUCGACAUCCGUUUCCCGUUUUUUUGGUCGAGGGAGUGGGGCAAGGCCGAAGACUCCAGCGCCAAGUCGCUGCUGCGCGCCGCCGCGCGGGUCUCACCGGAGGAGCUCGUCUUCAUCCUCCCGUGGUCUUCUGCUGUAAAACCAGGACGUCCCGUCGAGAUCGCCAUGCCGUGCUUCCGCCGGGCCACAUCGAUCGAGCUGGACACGUGUCACCUCCGCCUCAAGCCACCGCCCGCUGGCGAGCUCCCCGUGCUCGAGAGGUUGUCUCUCUCCGGCAACAUUGUCGACCUUGGCACCAUGAUCAGCCGCUGCCCACGCCUACGUGUGCUCAGCGUCACCUUUCGCGACGCCGAUCCGGACUCGCUGGAAGCGGCGCUGGCCUCGCUGGAAGCGGCUGCAGCUCUCGGCCUCGUCGUGUCCCUCCUCCGCAUCAACCACAUUACUAUUCGUAGUAUGAGGCACAGCAUGGGGAUGUACAAUAUUGGGGUCGCUCGCUUCGUGUCCCUUCUGGGUGCCAUGGCAAGGCUCUCACCGCAGGAGCUCGUCCUCACCCAGGGCUACCAAGAAUGCUAUAAUGUCGACCUGCCCCGCUUCGACCGCACCACGUCGAUUGAGAUGAACUUGUACGCCGUCUGCUUCACAGUGCUACCGGCGGGCGAGUUCCCCGCGCUCGAGAAGCUGUCCCUCGAGGGUUGCACCAUCCCCGACCUUUGCACAUUGGUCACCCGCUGUCCGCGCUUGCGCAUUCUCAGGGCGGCCAUAGAUAAUCAUACAGACAACCUCACAGUCCACUCGACGUCGCUACAGGAGCUUUACCUUGAUGCCCAUAAAGACACGGAAUGUCAGGGCAUUGACAUUGUGACUCCAUUGCUUAAACAGCUGAACCUGAAGGUCAAGGCCGACAUGGACCUCAGUGUCUCUAUCGCGACGCCGAUGGUGGAGAAGGUCUCAUUGAGGCUCUCGUAUACAAAGUUUCCUCUUUUAUUUGGUUUUUUGUCGCUCGAGAGCAUGAGGUUAGAGACCAUAGAGUGCGACAAAUACAAAGAUGGGGGGCUCAGCAACAUCAACGACCAGGAAGGGGCGUCUUUGCAGCCCCCUCGCAUUCAUGUCCUUGUCUUGAACAUAUUUCCCUAUAAUAUUUUUCAUUCUGGUGCAGCGCUGCUAAACUUUGCGGAUGAGAUGAAGAAACUUCUGAUUACCAACUUUUCUGCGUUGGAGCUACAUCUCAGCACAAAGGGGCAUGUCCUUGGAGCAUUGAUGUUGCGUCUCCUAGGGAUGCAUCAAAUUCGAACCGCUGUACAGAGGCUUAAGGUUAUCCUAUCAGAGUGGUGCCGGAUUUCACAAACAUCAAAAUGUCUUGAAAAAUGUCUUUGUAAUGAGCCCAAGAACUGGAGGAGCCAAAGUAUCUCCUUGACUCAUCUUGAAGAAGUAAAAAUUGAAGGCUUCAGCGGAGGGAGCAGUGAGAUUGAUUUCAUCACAAUGGUAUUCAGAUGGGCGCCAAUGCUUAAAACAAUGACCAUCAGGCUGGCGUAUGACAUUAAACAAAGUGUCAUCGAAGCUUGCGUCAUGAAUAUCAGCAAUAUAUGUUUGAUGUAUCCUUCUGUUGAUUGCUUUAUUUAUCCCAAUUAUUAUGGUGAACUGGUUUGGCGUACGCCCAUAAAGUUGCCAUUCUUCUAGCUAGAUGCAAGGUGGUCAUUGCUGGAGUGGUUAUGGGGCAUGAUUAAAAUCUUUAUCAGGCAUGGUUAAAAUCAAUGUGGGCUUUGUUUGCUUCAUAGACAAGAAAUGCUCCUUGGUGCAGCAAGAAUAUUUUCCAUUAGGAGGAUGCAAGCUGUAUACUUGGUCUAGAUCAUCUCAUGCUUAAUGUGGAACCUAUUCCCUGUAAUAUCCCACAAAAUGUUUUCCGUAUGGGAGGUGCAACUGUUUGUUAGUUCUA